AUGGUUUUCUUUGUUGACAGUGGCCCAAGUGCCUCACUCUGUGAUGCUACGACAGUCCGUCCAACUCACGACCUUGAUCGACGCCUAGCCCAUCAUCAUCACGAACCAACUCCAUCCUUAAGGACAAGUGGUCCACCUGAUAGCAUUCAGGGUCAAAGGCCGCCUAUGAGAGCGUCAAUGACAACCAGUCUUUCUCUGAGGACAAUCAGCGCAACUGGUCUCCAGCCCUUCCAAAACAUCGCAAUGACUCCCGUCAGUUGCCAGCCAGGUAUCGCCAUGCCUUCGCCGAUCCUUCAAUACCCUACAGCUCUGUAUCCCACGACGGCGAUGAAUGCAGCUUCGGCGUCCAGUGAUCUGAAGCAACUUACUCUUGCCCAGUACCAUGCCAUGCAUCCCCACUCCGCUUUUCCAACAGAUCUCUCCAAGUACAAAUCCCCAUUUAUCAACAGGAAUUACCUUGAGUUAGCCAUGCUGGUAUGUAACACAUUCCGUGGUAAAUUGUUUCCUUGUCCACACUGUCGUUACGUCACAGAUAGACGGAACAAUCUCAAACGUCAUGUAUCCACCAUGCACCAAGCGUGUGAGAAGGUGUUAGAAUGCUGUGGAGUUACAUUCACAACGAAAGCAUCUCUCCGUGAGCACAUCAUGAUAUUCCAUCACAAUGGAUAUUCGUGCCCAUAUUGUGGCAGGCGAUUCUGCCGGAAAGCACUUUUAAAACGACAUUUAUCGGUGCAUAGUGGACAAAAGGAUUAUUCUUGCCCACACUGUGACUAUGCCACGAGUCAUAAGAGCAACCUUGAACGUCACAAACGCAUCCAUGAUCGGCUAAAAGCAGGGGAGGAUUGUUCUAUAAUUGAUGUCGAACAGGUGUCCGAACUUUCUGUGGAUGCAUCACUACAUCCUAGUUGCUUACGUAUGUGUACUGAUGACGAAAGCGACAAUGAUGACGACGAACUCAACGUAACAGAUGACCCGGACAUCAUCCCAUUCUCGGCUGGUAACGCAUGCACACAGGAUAAUUUUAAAGAUGUGAAAAUGAUUCAGGGUGAUGUUAACAAGACAGCCCUAAAUUUGUGUACGACAAUGCACUAA